AUGAAAAACGAGAGCAAGGGAAAAGAGGAGGAGGAGGAGGAGGAAGGGAAAACGUUCGAUAAGAUUCUCUCCGUGUUGCAAGCGCACAAGAGUCGUCGGUUAUCGGUCGCCGCGGAAUGCAGAACGCUGGUGAGCAACGCGAGUUUUACCGGGUUCGGUGGCGUUUUGUGCACGAUAGCGUCUUCUUCUUCUUCUUCCUCUUCAACGACGAACCCGAAAACGACGAAAGACGGAGAAAAGGAGCGCGAAGAUGAUCCUUCCUAUCCGGUGGGUUCUUUCGCCGCGUUUGCGAUAGAAGAAGAAGAUGUGGAAGAAGGAAGCGAGAGAGUUUCAACGCGCUCCUCCGCCGCCGCGGGCUUACCGAUAUUCGCGCUGUCGCAACUCUCCUCGCACACCAGGGACCUUUUGAAGAAUAAGAGAGCGUCACUUUUUUGCGCGGAGAGUGGUGGCAUGAGACCAGACGCUGCUCGCGCGACGCUCGUCGGCUCAGUGGAGAAAAUCGAAGACGAAAAAGAGAGAGCGAAAGCGCGAGAGAUAUAUUUAAAGCAUCACCCGGAUGCGUUCUGGGUGGAUUUUGGCGAUUUCAGUUGGUUCAAAAUGACCGAGUUGAAAGAAGUGAAGUACGUCGGUGGGUUUGGCCGCGCGGCUACCGUCGGGGCGUCGGACUACCAAAGCGCGAAAGUCGACCCGGUGAGAAAAUUUUCGGCGCCGGUGUGCAAACACAUGAACGAAGACCACGCGGAGAGUACGCUGGAUAUCGUAAAGAUGGUGGUUUUCGGAGAUGAGAAUAUGAAUUUAAUUCGUAGCAGCAGUAGCAAUAGUAGUAGCAGCAGUGAUGAUGAGAAGAAUAUGAAGGCGGAAAUGUGUGAAAUCGACUCUAUUGGGAUGACUGUGAGCCUACGAAUGGGAGGUCAAAAUCUAGGUAAAGUACGAAUCGAAUGGCAAGAACCUGCGUACGAUCGAAAAGCUAUCAAGGAUCAAAUAGUAAAUCUCACAAAGAAAGCGGCUGCGGCCGCAGCGGCAGCAGCGACUGAUAAGUAG